AUGAUAAAAUGUGAGAAUGAUAUUACUAUGAUUCCAGUGGCUGAAAGAGUUGAGAUGCAUGUGGAUGCUCAAGUACCAAUGGAAGAGCAGAAUAGAGAAGCAGGCCCACCAAAGGAUGAAACAAUAAAGGUGUCACACGUGUCUGAAAAGGUUGGCUUGCAUGACAAUGCUCAAGAACCAAAUGAAGAGAUAAAUGUUGAAUUCAACCUACCUAAUGGUGAAGUAGUCCAACAUCAAGGGGAUGCAAAAAGCUUAAUUGAAGUGUCAAAUGUACAUGUGAACUGCACAACUGGUGAUAUAAUGGACGUCCCUUAUCCUUAUUUUACUGAUUUAUGUCAAAAUGGAUAUUUAUGGAGAGUAAAAGCUCGAUUGGUAAGGAUGGUAGAAGUGAUUAAUCCGCUUCUACCUUCCAUGACGCUCAGAUUGAUCUUACUUGAUGAACAGGGUCAUGCCAUGGAGGCCAUUGUAUGGCCCGAAGAAGUAGCCUACUUUAAAGAACAUCUUUACGAGGGUAGGGUCUACUUUUUAAAAUCUGUGGAGAUUAUGGAAGCUGAUGAAAAGUUUAAAUUAGUCUCGUACUGCUACAAGAUGUCUUUCACCGAUGACACAAGGGUAGAACACUACGUGUUCAAAUGUGAUAGAAUCCCUCUUCAUUGGGAUUUCAGUAUAAAAUUACGAGACAUCCACCAUUUCACCAACAAGUAUGAGCAAUUGAUAGAUGUGGUUGGAUUAGUUGUUAACGUCACAGAAUGUCGAAUUGCUAGAAAACGAAAUUCUAGGGUUAGAGAUGUGGUGUUACUUGACCCAAGGUAUAGUGACUUAUUUUUCCAUAACAUAUAUUCAUACAAUUUGAAGUUAAUCUUUGUUUUCUAUUUCAAAAACAAUAUGACGUUUGUUCGGCUUUCUUUAUGGAAUGAAAUAGCAACAAGAGAAGGGACACGUAUGCUUGAUGAUCUGAAUAGUAACAAUAUUUUAUUUGCUACGGGAUUGAAGGUCAAAGACUUUGACGGUCUGUACCUUACCACUUGCAUGAAGAGCAAACUAUAUGUGAACCACUCAUUUCGUACUGAUGGCAUUCCUAAAUGGCUCAGCGAUAACAAAGAUACACAAAGGUUGGUAGCAUGGAAUCGCACAUGUGGAUUCUCAAUUCCACAGGCGCUAAUAAUAUCAAAUGCUAAGAGAGUUCAAAUAAAACAAUUUGUGUCCAUGCCCAAUGUGCAACAUUAUCGCAUAUUAGGCCGCAUUGAGAAAAUAUACGAAGAACACAUAUGGAUUUAUAAAUGCAAGACGUGCUUUAGGGAAGUUGAAAAUCAGUACGGUUGGUUUGUCUGUAGUCAAUGCGGAGAAGAUGUGGAAACAUCAGCCAAGUAUAAUGUAAAGAUAGUUGUGAAAGACUCCACUGGCUCAAUGGAGCUCUUGGUGAAGGACACAAAGGCAGAAUUUAUCUUGCGAUGUGUACCAUCCGAUUUGAAGAAGUUAAUGUUAAAGGAAAAUGGAGUGCAGAUACUUAAAAAAUAUCUUGAGCAAUUUUAUGGACGUGCAUAUGUGUUUAUUAUUCCUGCUCCACAACUUAUGUACCAUGAAUAUUGUGCCUCUGUGGAACCUUCGUGUUAA